GCCAACGCUGGUCAUGUGACCGUCGCAUGACCUCAUGCGGAAGUGUGAACUUGCAGAGCAGCAACAAAACAAAAAGCGUCAGGUUUUUCUGUCCAGUUGGGUUUUCCUUUCCGCUCUUGGUGUGAGUUCCCGGCGGCACGGCCAUGGACGGACCCGUCAGAUCAUCUCAAAGCGCGUCUGGACCGCCGCCUGACUUCCGGGGAAACGAGGGUUCCCUGGUUUCAGCCCUGAAGACAUUGCUGUUCUUCACAAUCCUGAUGGUAACCCUGCCCAUAGGAUUGUACUUUGCAUCAAAGUCGUACAUCUUUGAGGGUUCAAUGAAGAUGUCAAGCACCGACAGCUACUUCUACGCUGCCAUCGUGGCGGUGCUGGCCGUGCAUGUGGUUUUGGCUCUGUUUGUGUACGUGGCCUGGAACGAAGGCGUGCCGAAAGGGAAGGGCAAGCACGACUAAGGCGCGUCCUCCCGUUUUGCUCACAGUACCAGAGGAGAUGGAGAGAUGUGGGCACGGAUCCUCAGCCCUCACCACAGCCUCCGGCCCCAAGCGUAGCACCAUCGACCCAGACACCCAGACAGCCCGGGGCUCGUGUUUGGGGUUUGGUCCUGGUGAAAUGAAACUACUGUAUGUAUUCCCUGGGAUGGGGGAGCCUCAGCUGUCCCGGUCCUUGAGUUUUAGCCUUCACUCUCGUUCUCUGAAAAUGUGAUGCUUUUGUCGGCAGGAGGCAGCCCCUGUUUUAAAGAGGCUGUGUCAUGAGACGGCACUUGGCUGAGUGCUUAUGUAUGGUCACAAUGCAAGGAUUUCUCAUGUAGGACACCAUCUUGAUUUGUUUUGUGGGGGUGUGUGUGUGUGUGCAAACCAUGCACAUGUCAUUUCUGCAUAUUGUCAUUAAAAUAAUUUAAGUCAUGUGUUUGUCCUUGUAAAUGUCAGUGAUGUAGGAUAUUAAAGUGUUUUGCAUCGUUUUAUGUGAUUGUAUAGUGAUAUUUUUUGAGCCUAGAAAUUAGGGAAUCAUUGCCAAGGUAAAAAAAAAAACAAAAAAACAAACUAAACUGCUCUUUUGUAUUGAAGAUGUUUGAUGAUGACAUAAUGCAGAUGAAAAGGCAUGCUGAAAUAUGGGCCUAUACUUCAAUAAAUUUUAGUUUGCUCUAUUGUUUAAUAUACUGUAAAAGUCAUAGAACAAAAGAGGAUGCGCUGCUUUUGUUCUGUCUCACCAAUAAAUGACUAAAUAAAUAAAUAAAAUGUGUGACAUAGUUUUUAA